AUGCCUUUGCGUGGAACCGACCACACCGAGGAUAUUCGAAGUGACGCAGCCUACUUCAAGACACUUGCGGAUCUGGACGACUGGGCCACUAAACCUCAUGCUGGUCUAGACGGUGUAUUGCCCUACAUAGCGCGCCCACUGGUCGGAACGGAUGCUUCAUCUCAGAACAGAGGCAGACUUCUGGUGUGCCAUGACUACAAGGGUGGCUAUACUGAAACACCCUCGGGGCUCGCCUAUACAUUCAACUUUUGGUCCUACUGCGAUACGUUCAUUUAUUUUUCGCACCAUCGGGUGACGGUACCUCCGGCAGGAUGGAUUAACGCUGCCCACAGGCAGGGUGUGAAGAUGCUCGGGACUCUGAUAUUUGAACAUGACGCUGGGCAGCAGGAUUGCUUGCGGGUCCUUGUCGGACACCUGCCGCAGUCGAAGACGGGGCCAGCUGCUCCAUCUGCGGACAGCUCAUUUCCCUUGUCGCCACAUUACGCGAAGCUCCUCGCUGAGUUGGCACAUCAACGAGGAUUCGAUGGCUACCUCCUCAAUGUGGAAGUUCCUCUGAUUGGUCGCAUCGAGCAGGCUAGGGCUCUCGCAGCGUGGAUCUCCGUACUCGAAAGCGAGCUCAAGCGGAGGAUUGGCUCGCACGCUGAGACUAUCUGGUACGAUAGCGUUGUCGUCACGGGCGAUCUGCGCUGGCAAGACAGGCUGAACAACUACAACCUGCCAUUCUUCCUUCCGUCGUCUGGUUUCUUCACGAACUAUACAUGGCGGCCCAACUAUCCGUCCCUCACAGCGCAAUACUUCUUCAGCCUAGAUCCCGCCUUGAUGACCGUCCCCAAAACACUCCAGGACAUUUACGUCGGCAUCGACGUUUGGGGCCGCGGCCAACACGGUGGAGGCGGGUUCGGGUCUUACCGAUCCCUUGCGCACAUCGACCCAGAGUUCCUAGGACUCAGCGUCGCCUUCUUUGGGCCCGGCUGGUCCUGGGAGACCGAGCAGGACAAGCCUGGCUUUUCCUGGGAGACGUGGUGGGCGUACGAGCGCAAGCUUUGGAUCGGGCCCGAGACGGAAGGCGAGGCCGUAGAAGUCCCUCCACACAAUCCCCGUGCGGGCGAGCCGGACUGUCAGCACGGCGAGUUCACCCCCGUCUCUGCGUUCUUCCCUCGACAGGCCCCACCCAACCCCAAGGAGCUGCCGUUCCUAACAUACUUCUCGCCGGGCAUCGGGUACGCUUGGUUUGUGCAGGGGAAGAAAGCGUACGGGACCACAGCUGGUUGGACAGAUCUGGAUAAGACAACGGCACUAGGUGACCUUGUGUGGCCACGGCCCUUGCCGCAAUGGGUCGACUCCCAAGAAGCGCUGCCAGUGCCUGCGACGUCGACCUCGCUCUGCUUGACGGACGCGUGGCUCGGUGGUAGCUCUCUCAACAUCACACUGUCUCUAUUGGGACAGGAAGGCGAAGACAACGCUCGCAGGUCCCUCUGGAUCCCUGUCCAGACGCUUGCACUCUCGCCCCAUGUAUCCUACACCGUCACUCUUGUCUACAAGGUUACCUCUCAUUCCAUCCUCGAACUCGACGUCACGCAUUCUGUGAAAGUAUUGGGAGACUCGCCCACACCUGCCUUCGACGUCAAACAGAGGACACCUCAAAGCUCAGGCUUGUCGCAUGGCUGGCAGUCUCUUUCGGCAGACGUCAUCUUGCGGAGCGACCAGUCGACCAACGUCCUAUCAGCAGUUGGCCUCGUCGUAGGCUUCAAAGCUCCCACAGAUGCCAUCGACACUAACAUCCUCCUGGGCCUCAUGAGUGUCCAUCCUACCUCACCUUCCCCCGCUCCCGGCAUCAGCACUCACCAGCCGAAAAUCCUGUGGGCAGACUACGCUCUCCAACCAAAGAAUGCAUCACGGUUGUCUGGUGUCCUAUCCUGGGAUAUCGCAGCUUCGCUUGGGCCUGUGACCAGCACUGCAUUGGCUAGAGACCCGGAGGAUCCGACACCGCUAUGGACGCUUGAGGAGGCUUUCCCUGCAUUCGCGUUCUUCAACAUCUAUGCACAGGUGUAUCCGUCCGAUGGGAACAUCGGCGGUCCAGAGACCGCCAUUUGGAUCGGGACAACAGGUCUCGACGGUCGGCGGAACAGGUUCGGAGUCGAUCCUGCCUGCCUUCCUGUGGCGAUGUCGAACGCGAAGACAUUGAGAUUCUAUGUACAAGGCGUGACUGACCGCGGGGCCGUCUUAACUUGGGACAACUGCGUUUUCGUCGAUGCUCACUUGAGUUGA